AUGUCCCAGAGAGCUGUUGCCUCCCACAGUGAUGGGGCUGUGGUUACGUUUGAGUCUGACGACAAAACUGAUGAAAGAACUAAAAAAGGCAGGAGUUUAGCAGGUUCAGCUCUCAUCUACAUUAAAGGUCCCAAGUUUCUCAUCUAUGUCAGUGGAGCGUUAUCAAUGUGGGGUGACCGCAUGUGGCAUUUUGCCAUCUCAGUGUUCCUGAUUGAGCUGUACGGUCGAAACCUGCUGCUGACCGCUGUGUUUGGAUUGGUGGUCGCAGGUUCAGUGCUGCUGCUGGGAGCUUUGAUUGGUGACUGGGUAGAUCGCAAUCCCAGGAAUAAAGUUGCACAUGCGUCUCUUUUCAUUCAGAACAUCUCAGUGACAGUGUGUAGCGUUGUGCUCAUGUUAGUGUUCUCCUACAAGCAACAGAUCGAAGAAAUCUGGGAUGGGUGGCUCACUGUGGUUUGUUACACGGUGGUGAUCGUCCUGGCAGAUGUGGCAAACCUUGCAAGCACGGCGCUGACCAUCGCCAUUCAGAGAGACUGGAUUGUGGUCAUAACAGGCUACAACAGCAGACAUCUCGCAGGGAUGAAUGCCACCAUGAGGCGAAUAGAUCAGGUGACCAACAUCCUGGCCCCACUAGCAGUGGGACAGGUCAUGACCCUGGCCUCUAAUGUAGUAGGCUGUGGCUUUAUCCUGGGCUGGAACCUGGUCUCUCUCAUUGUGGAGUUCUUGUUCCUGACACGGGUGUACCGCCUGGUCCCUGCUCUUUCGGUCAAACCACCGCUGGUGGAGGAGAAUCAGAUGUAUCUUCAGAGGAGAACACCACGCGAUGAUAGGUACGACCAAACGCCACCUGCGGCAGAAAGAGAUCACAACACAACCCUGCAGCUCAAAAAGCCGCUGCUGUGUUUGCAGAGGUUUCGUCGGUUACUCAGGACCUGUAAAGAAGGCUGGAAGGCCUACUAUCGCCAGCCGGUCUUCUUGGCAGGAAUGGGCCUGGCUUUUCUCUACACAACAGUACUGGGCUUCGACUGCAUCACAACGGGCUACGCCUACACCCAGGGUGUGAGUGGCUCUCUCCUGAGCCUCCUCAUGGGUGUGUCGGCCAUCACUGGACUGUUGGGCACAGUUAUGUUCACCAGACUCAGGAAGACCUUCGGCCUGGUUAACACAGGAAUCAUCUCCAGCUGCCUCCACCUCAGCUGUUUGAUGCUGUGCGUGAGCUCCGUGUUUGCCCCAGGCAGCCCCGUAGAUCUCAGCUUACUGAUGCCCUUCAUUACCUCCAACUCUUCCGUGUUUGGAGAGACAAUAAGCCAAAGGCAAAAACACACGUAUUUACUGAGAGGAGGCAGUAACCAACCGCUGCUCCCGGACCGCUCCUCCAUUCACUGGACCAACAACACUGUGCUGCUUGACAACAUCCCCUCUGGUACGGAGCCAGAGUCCUACAUCUCCAUCAUUCUGUUGUUUUCGGGCGUCAUCACUGCGCGCAUUGGUCUCUGGUCCUUUGACCUGACAGUGACCCAGCUCCUGCAGGAGAACAUCUGCGAAUCAGAGAGAGGAGUGGUAAAUGGAGUGCAGAGCUCCAUGAACUACCUGAUGGAUCUACUUCACUUCAUCAUGGUCAUCUCUGCUCCACAGCCACACCAUUUUGGCAUCCUUGUUAUCAUCUCUGUACUAUUCAUCACCGCUGGACACACCAUGUACUUUCUCUACUCUCACCGAGACAAGAGAAAACUUCGCCCUGACACAUAAGGUGUUUAAAGAUGCGAUGGUUCCAAAUCCUGACUCUACAUUGGUCCCAUCAAGAGGACGUCUACCUCCUGUUUCUUGCUUCUGAUGAAGAAGAAGAAUUCUGCUGAUGCCACCGGU